AUGUACCUGAUCACUGUGUUUGGAAACCUACUCAUCAUCCUGCUUGUCAGCUCAGACUCCCACCUCCACACCCCCAUGUACUUCUUCCUCUCCAAUCUGUCCUUUGUAGACAUCUGCUUCACCUCCACCACCAUCCCAAAGAUGCUGUGGAACAACAAAACUCAGAGCAAAGUUAUAACCUAUGAAGGUUGCAUCACACAAAUUUAUUUUUUCAUACUCUCUGGAGUAUUGGACAUCUUUCUCUUGACUGUAAUGGCCUAUGACCGGUUUGUGGCCAUCUGCCACCCCCUGUAUUACACAGUCAUUAUGAACCCCCGGCUCUGUGUACUGCUGGUUCUGGUGUCCUGGCUCUUAAUUGUCUCCUUAUUUUUUUGUACAAGCCUAGGAGUGUACCUUAGCUCUGCUGCUACCCAUGGCUCACAGUCAAGUGCAACAGCCUCAGUGAUGUACACUGUAGUCACACCCAUGCUGAACCCCUUCAUCUAUAGUCUGAGGAACAAAGACAUAAAGGGGGCUAUGAAGAGAUUCUUUGUGAUGGAAAGUCUUAAAAGACCAUUUGUUCUGGGUCUGGAGAGGUGCCCAUGGCUUAAGGGAUCAAAGCUUCAGUCAGUAGUUGUGAUUCUUUAA